AUGGCUGCGCGCGCACCCUGGAGCGGCUGGGCCUUCGUCUUCGGCGUCGUGCUGCUCUUCUUCUCGGUCUACCGCGUGUCGACGCUCACGAGCCUCAUCACAAUGUACGGCACGCUCAAGGACUGUUCGCUGGACGUGGAGAUCGGGGCGUUGAUCCUCGGGGCGCUGCAAGACUCGGUCUGCGCCACGUACCUCUGCACCGCGCUCUGGAUCAACCCCCUGGAUCUCAGAGUACGCCGACAACAGCGGGUCGCUAGAGUUGUUCGGUUUGUGACGUCGCUAGUGUUGUUCGUGUUCAUGGCCGCGCCGUUUGUCGCCGAUCUGCUGCUCGUGCGGAUCCGGGACAUGCGCUUCAACUUCAGCCUGGUGGAGAUGGCCAUCCACGAGUCCAAGGAUGUGGGCGCGGCGGAGAUUUCGAGCGCCGAGAUCAACCAGGCGUAUGUCAGUGGGGCGCUGGCGGCGAUCACUGCCACGGUCUUCGCUGCGGUACGAGCAACUAACGACUGGGCGGACCUGACGAGGUGGAGUCCGACGACGGCAAUCGUCGUGGCUGGGACCAACUGCUGCAGUCGUCGAGUUGGAGGGGUCAUCGCCGCGUUGGUGGUUUUGCCCAUACUUGUGCUGGCGUUGAGUCAGGCGAGCUCGGCGCUGGUGGCGUACGCUGGACUAAAUGCAACGCUGAACGAGCUCUUCACGCACGCGCUGUUUGUCUCGUCACAAGGAUUCGUGCCACUUAUCGCUGAUGGCAACAUUGCAUCGGCUGAGACGUAUAUUCAUACGGCGACGGAGGAGUAUGAGCUGUUUGAAGAGGACUCGUUGUAUCGACGCACGACGGGUUUCCAUGGACCCCUCGCGUUCGACGUCAAGGUGGAGAAAGACAGCCCUCCCAAUGUGCUGGUCGUGGCGGUGGAGUCGUUCCGGUUUCACGACUCGCACUACCUUGUGGGGGACGACGAUCCGUCGAACCUGUUCAGGGGUAGCAACAUCACGGUCACGCCCAACUUCGACAGGUGGGCGAAGCGCGGAGUAGCGUUCACCAAUAUGUGGUCCAGUUGGCGCACGAGUCGUUCCGUGGAGAGUCUGCUCUUCGCGCAGGUGCCGUACGAUAGCGUGGCGGACUCGGGCAUGACUGGAGGCAAGGUGAAAUACGAGCUGAACGGCCUGCCGCAGUUCUUCAAGGCGAAGGGCUACGACUCGUACUUCACGACCGGUUGCAAGACCGACUACGACGACUGGGACACAUUCCUGCCUUCGCACGGCUUCGAUACCGUGUUGAGUCGGGAUGAAAUGGUUCAGCUGGCGGAGAGCAACCUCGGCAUCAUGCCUGACCAGUGGCUGGGCAAGGAGCACCGCGGGUUCCACUGGGGAGUGCACGACGACCUCAGCUUCCAGCUCCUCGGCGACCUCAUGGUGAACCAGACCAAGGCGCAGAAGGAGCGCAUGGCCAAGGGAGAAGCCAAGAAGCCUCUCUUCAUCACGCACUACACCAUCUCCAGCCACGGGCCGUUCAAAGAGCGCCCGAGAUGGUACGCGGAGCUCGAAAAGCCCGACUUCUCGGCGCUCUAUGACGGCAUGGAGUUCGCGGACUUCAUCAAGGAUUACCUCGAGAUUCGCUACUUCUCGGACCUGGAGCUCGGCAAGUUCUUGGACCGCAUGUCUGCCGCGGGCGUGCUGGAAGACACCAUCGUCGUGGUGGUGGGCGACCACGGCCACGCUCCUGAGGUUGGGAGCUACAUCCCAGAGGCGCGUGACGUGUCCGUCCAUCACGUACCAGGGAUGCUGGUGGCUGAGGGCCGACUGGGCGACGCGGCUGGGACGAAGAUCGAGGACGCCUCGGAGCAGUACGAUAUCCUCAACACGCUGGCCGACAUUGUGGGCGUGCCGGAGGGAGGCUUUCUGCAGGACGGAGUGGGCCGCUCGCUCAAGCGCCAAGUCAAGUUUGGCGAGCGCGCGGUGUACAGCAACAACCCGAGUCGGAAGAUGUCGGUCAUCCGCGGCACCGAACGCCUGCGCUACGACCGCGCGGCGAGCUCCGUGCUACUCCACGACGCCAGAGCCGACCACGACAUGCACGUGGAUCUGUUCCCAGCGCUCCCAGCGGAAGAGCAGGCGGAGUGGAACAAGUGGCGCGACAAUGGCCGACAACUCACCGAGUACUACACGAAGCGAUGGGACAAGAGGUGUCUGUUUGCAGGGAAGUGCUAA